AGAGUUAGAAACAGGAAAAUUAGAGGAUUUUUCAAUUUUUAAUGCCCCUCGACGGAGGAAGUGACUUCGUAAGUUAAGGAACAAAAUUAUUUCUUUUUGAUUCAGAUUUCGAAGAAACAACACGCAUAAUAAUGGCGGACGUAGCUCCAGCCCAACGUGGAGGCUUUAAACAAGGAUUUGGGGGUAGAGGAAGAGGUAGAGGACGUGGACGUGGAGGAAGAGGAGGUCGAGGUAGAGGACGUGGUGAUAAAGAAGGAAAUCAAAAAGAAUGGGUUCCAGUCACAAAAUUAGGACGUUUGGUUCGUGAUGGAAAGAUCCGUUCAUUGGAAGAAAUUUACUUGUACUCAUUACCAAUCAAAGAGUUCGAGAUCAUUGAUUUCUUCUUGGGAAGAUCAUUACGUGAUGAAGUCUUGAAAAUCAUGCCUGUACAGAAACAAACUCGUGCUGGUCAACGUACACGUUUUAAGGCAUUUGUCGCUAUUGGAGACAGCAAUGGACAUAUUGGUUUGGGAGUAAAAUGCAGCAAGGAAGUAGCUACAGCUAUCCGAGGUGCAAUUAUUUUGGCUAAAUUGUCUGUUGUUCCAGUCCGUAGAGGAUAUUGGGGUAACAAGAUCGGAAAACCACAUACAGUACCUUGCAAGGUUACUGGAAAGUGCGGUUCCGUAAGCGUUAAAUUGAUUCCUGGACCAAGAGGAACUGGCAUUGUCUCAGCUCCAGUCCCAAAGAAACUUUUGCAGAUGGCUGGUAUUGAAGAUUGUUAUACUCAAUGUCGUGGAUCAACUACAACUUUGGGUAACUUCGCCAAGGCUACAUACUCUGCUAUCAUGCAAACAUACGCAUUCUUGACACCAGAUUUAUGGAAAGAAAUGCCAUUGACCAAGACUCCAUAUGAAACUUAUGCUGAUUUCUUGUCAAAGCCUGCAGCAAAAACAAGCGGUGCAAUUCGCAACCAAGAAUUUUAAUUCAAAAAAGUGUUGAAUUUUCACUUUAAAUCAUAAUAAAAUGAACAUCUUUUAAAAGUGAAAUA